CGUUGUGUUGUGCAUGUGAGCGCUGGGGGAAUAGAAUUAGAAGUAAAAGAAAGGAAGAAAUUGAGGUAUUGGCCUGUUAGCGGGACUGUGUCUCCCCUUCCAAAUUCCGAUUCCUUCGUAGCCGCCAUUGGUGUUCACUGCAUCUUCCUCUCCUUUUCCCAUUCCUUCUCUACCAACGACUUACCAGAUCUGCUCCUUUUCGCUCCAACAAUCAUUUCUCCCAUUCUGCCUAGGGUUUACACUUUCCUAUUUCUGCCGGCUCCUGUAUCAUCCUCCGUGUCAUGAAUUCGGCUCCGUUGGCACCACUCGCCGGUUUUCGCUGACGGAGAUUCGGAAUUCGGCUGCAAAAUGGUUCCAAUUUUGUUGUACAUCGUUGCUUUCCUUUGUACGUGCGGAGCUAUUGCGUUGUCCUUGCUUCACAUUUAUAAGCAUCUUCUCAAUUACACGGAGCCUACUUAUCAGCGGUUCAUUGUUCGUAUCGUUUUUAUGGUCCCGGUUUAUGCAUUGAUGUCAUUUUUGUCGCUUGUUCUACCGGUUGGUUCAAUCUAUUUUAAUUCAAUCCGGGAAAUCUAUGAAGCUUGGGUUAUUUAUAAUUUCCUAUCUCUAUGUCUUGAAUGGGUUGGUGGUCCUGGAGCAGUAGUCCUAAGCUUAACUGGACGGAUUCUGAAGCCAUCAUGGUUUCUGAUGACUUGUUGCUUGCCUCCAAUAGCACUUGAUGGGCGUUUUAUACGUAAAUGCAAGCAAGGGUGUUUGCAAUUUGUGAUUUUGAAGCCAAUUUUAGUUGUUGUUACUCUAGUACUUUAUGCAAAGGGGAAAUAUAAGGAUGGAAACUUCAGUCCAAACCAAUCAUACUUGUACCUUACAAUCAUCUAUACAUUCUCCUACACAAUGGCUCUGUAUGCUCUUGCUUUGUUUUAUGUGGCAUGCAAGGAUCUGCUUCAACCAUUCCACCCAGUCCCAAAGUUUAUUAUAAUAAAAUCUGUUGUAUUCCUGACUUAUUGGCAGGGUGUCUUAGUUUUCCUUGCUGCAAAGUCAGAAUACGUUAAGGAUGCAGAUGAAGCUGCUCUACUUCAAGAUUUUUUGAUUUGUGUUGAGAUGCUUGUUGCAGCUGUUGGGCAUUUUUAUGCAUUUCCAUACAAAGUGUAUGCUGGGGCUAACAUAGGUGGAUCCCGUGGGUUAACAGCUAGCCUUGCUCAUGCUUUGAAAUUAAAUGACUUCUACCAUGAUACCGUCCACCAGUUUGCACCGACAUACCAUGAUUAUGUUCUCUACAACCACGGUGAAAGCGGUGAAGAGGGAACUAGGAAGUAUAGGUCACGAACUUUUGUUCCAAUUGGCCCAGAAAUGGACACUGUGAGAAGAAAUAAGCAUUUGUUUGGAAACAAAUCAGCAGAUGACAUACAGCUCUCAAGCUUUUCUUCUAAUAGUAGCGCUGCCUCAAAUUCUGGUAUCAAUGCCGAAGUAUCCCAUUCUAGUGGAAUGAAAUCUUCCUUACUCGAGGAUGCGUCAAAUUCUUUAUCUGUGCCCUACGAUAUGACACUUAUUGACUUGGAUACACCCAGUUAUUCUGAAAAAGUUCCAGCAGCUGAUAAAGCUGAUACUCGGUGGUAAUGAACAUUCAGAGCCAAGUUAAUGGGAAAAUUGUCAUUGUUGAAGAGAAGAGAGAGUAAUAGGGGCAUCCUGCAUCCUUCUUUUCUAGGAGAGAAUUGAGUUAAGUGUGGUUUGUUUGAUUCCAGGAAAGCAUGUAAGCAGGUCUGGCGCUGAUCGCCUUGUCAAUGUUGCUUAAAAGCCCUAAUCUCUCCCAAGUCCCUACAAAACCAAUUUUUGGUAAUUGGUCUUCGUGUUGAUACUGUGAUUGUCUCCAUUGAUUGCGUAUCGUGUGCACAACGUAUAUACAGAAACAGAAAUAGUUGGCUUACUUCAAACAAAACAGACACUGGGUUGAGUGAAUUUGGAUUAUAACUAAACUAAUUGAUCGAUUGUUUUCUCCGCACCAUGAAUACAAAACACUGUUGGAUUUCCUA